ACAAAAACGCAAAAUAACAGCCUCUUAAAUCCAAGAACAAUGUUGUGUCUGUAUUUGCACGCUUGAAAAAGAGAACACGAGGCUGUAUAGAACAUGGCACAGACUGCGUUUCACAUAAAAUGUGAGGAGGAGGACCUGGCACCAUGCCAAAGCAGCACUGAUGAUACAAAUCAGGAGGUGAAUGGUAAUGGUCCUAAUGUGCCCAAACAACUGCUGCCCACUGUUCUGCAGCCUAUUCCAGUGGUUGUAGAUGUCGUCCCUGGUCAGCCCGUUUACCUUGCCACACAGACAAUUUCUGCCACAACUAAGAGCACUGGAACCACGCUACGCUUCGUCUUGCCUAUAGGUCAAACCGUUGCUUUACUGACUUCUGAAGCCCAGGGCCCAUCAGCAGAGCCUGCAAAUGUUACAGUUCCAGCUCUGGUUUCCUCCAAGACCUCAUCUCAGACCAUGAAGCUGGUCUCUUCUGUUCAGGCCCCAAAGCCACAAGCCCAGAAACCUGCAGGUUCCACUGUUGCAACUGAAGUAUUCCCGAGAGCCAAGAUACCUGACUUCUGCUCAAGGUGUGGUGCUGCCUACAGAGUUGUUCAAACACUUCGUGGUUAUAUGUGUCAAUGCAAUCCACAGCUUAUAAAAAGUGUCCAGGCCUUAAGUUCCCGAGCCAAAAAAAAGAAGUUCAAGCAUGGCUCUCCUGCUUGUCUGAAACACAUAACAACAUCUGAGAUACCAGAGGGAGAUCCUAUCCCAGGAAGUGGGGACUAUGAUAAGCAUGGCAAGCUCAUCAUGUUAGUUGAAGACUUCUACUAUGGGAAAGACCCUGGGAAACCUGUGCUGAAUGAACUUAACCAGGUGCCUGUCAAGAUGAAAUGCACUUUCUGCAAAAAGAAACUAAAGAACAACAUUAAGAUGAUUAACCAUAUGAAGCACCAUAUGGAAAUGGAGCGCAAGAGGAGUGAAGUGGACUUCCACACUGUGUGCCAGUACUGCUUUCGAAGCUUUGGUUCACCUUUCUCCCUGCAGUGCCACGUUGAGACUGUCCACAGCCAGGCUGAAUACCCAUCACUCUGUAAAAUCUGUGAGUUGUCCUAUGAAGAUACGCCUCUCUAUUUAAAUCACAUGAAAAAGUCUCACAAGCCUGGUGAAAUGCCCUACAUAUGUAAGGUUUGCAAAUUUCGCUCCUCAUUCUACCAAGAUGUGAUAAAUCACUUUAAAGACUUCCACAAGGAUACAAACCUGCUUCUUUGCCCCUAUUGCCUUACAGUUUUCAAAUCCAACAACAGCUACCAACUGCAUUAUAGCAAGCAUCAGAAAAGGUCUGUGUUCAACUGCAAAAAGUGUCGGCUUCAGUUUCUCUACACAAGGGACAUAGUAGAGCACAAGGCACUCCACCAGACCCAUCUUAAACCCAUGCAGCUGAAAGGGCUUAAACCUGGGACAAGGGUAACUAUCCGGGCUUAUGCAAUAACUAAAGUCAACAACAGCACUACAUUUAAUGAACCUGAUAUGAACUGUGAAAGAACUGCAAAAGUGCUUUCUCCUAUGUCUGAGCCCCCCAGACCAUCGCUGCCAGUUUCUGCACCGCAAAAAGCACCUACAAAUAGGAAGCCUGUUGAGAGCUUGUUGAAGGUCGUGACUAAGUUUCAGAGCAGAUGUGAUCUAGGAAGAAAAUACUCGUGUAUAGAGUGUAACUUUGAUAUUCCGGACUUCUCCAGUCACUUUCCCACAUUUGUGCGUUGCUGCUUGUGCCGUUAUAGUACUUGCUGCUCCAGAGCUUAUGCCAACCACAUGAUCAGCAGUCAUGGUCCCCGCAAAACCACCACUAAAUACCUCAACUUGUAUAAGGACUGUCCCAAGUUUGGUAAGCUAAGCUGCUGUUACUGUGAUUACACCACUGGGUAUGGAGACUGGAUGGCUAGGCAUAUAGCUAAGCACCCUGAACAUAGUGCUAAACACUGCAAACUGCAUGAUGGAUUUUCAGCUGGAUAUAAAAGAUUUGUCUUCAUACCAACUGAUCUGAUUCGAAGAAGUCUGGUCAUUACUCAGGGUUCCGUUACUACACUCGCUCAUCCGAUACCUCAGCCCGCUCAACCUGUGCCUCACUCCACUCAAUGCAAAAACCUUCUGCCAAGCUCUGCCCAGACCCCAUCACUCUCCACUGAAGUGCAGCCUGUAGAUCAGUUUACUGUCACUAAGCAGAAUUGUGAGACACAACCAGGGACUGUAGCACCACAGGACACAGCACUUUCCAGUGUCUCUACACAGGCAGAGCCUACACAGGGAGGAACCCUUACUUUAGCCCAGCUCAAGAUUGUACUCUAUGCCCUCUGCUUUGGCAUUCCUCAAGCAGCCAAUCAGUUUGAUACUCAGCCAGAAGAAAUCCAGACGUUGUUAAUUAAGCAUCAGGGUCGUAAAAUCCGAAAAAGUUUGACUCCUCAGGUGAAUGACCAACUUGUGGAGUGGGUGUUAUGUCAGCGUGAGCAGCAGCUACCUGUGGAUGAAGCUAGUCUUUUCUCCAAAGCGUCAGAGUUCAUGGGCGCUAAUGGUGGGCUGGGCAUAUCUUACGAAUGGGCUGCGGACUUUCUGAUACACCACGAACUCUCUCUGCAGGCAUUGCCGACUUCCUGCCGACAACUACCUCAUAAAGCUCAGGAACGUCUGAACUCAUUUUCCCGCUUUACAAACAAGCAGCUUACCUCGCAGCGCUUCGGUCCAUCAUCCAUUGGUGCUAUGGAUGAGCUUUCCAUCUUCAUAGAUAUGGACCAACUAGAUCCAGCGUCUGCUGAUUCCUUUUCUAUGUUGUCGGCUUUUAGAUUGACUGGUGACAUGGAUCCACUUAUAGAUGUUGUACUUGCAGCAUCAGCUGAUGGCACCAUGUUGCCUACCAUGGUGUUUUUUAAAGGAGAGCCAAUAAGCACAGAUGUACUAGCCUUGCCAGAUAGCAUUAUCUUAGAGGCAAAGCCAGAUGGCAUUUCAGAAGAAGAAAGACUUCAAUUAUGGUUUGACAAAGUGUGGAGUCAGCAUAUAAACUCAAGCUCUAAAGAGAAGAGGUUGCUGGUUAUGGACACGUAUAAAGGACAUCUAAGUGACAAUUUCCUAGCAUUGCUUUACAGUGCUGAUACCAUGCCAAACAUCAUCCCUUCAGCCUGUUCAAGUCGACUGCAACCUCUAGAAGCAUGUGUGGGUAUUGUGCUGCGUGAGUUUCUGCAAGCUCGGUGGAACCAGCACGUGACUGAAUCUCCACAAGAUUUGAUUGGGGCUGAGCCCGCUGACCUGGCUUUUUUGCUUUCAGUCUGGCUCCUUGAAAUGUUAGAUGUCCUAGCAGCAAAACCAGAACUUCUUCAGCGUUCGUUUGAGCAGGUUUUAAGCUCUACCCAAGAGUUGGCACCUGCAUCGUUUCCCAAGCUGGUGCGUAGUCUUACAGAAGCCCUCAUUGUCGACCCACUUCCAGAGCAAGAAUUUAUGGAAAAGGAUGAAGAGAAUAGCAGUAUGCCCAGUGUUAGUACCGAAUCUUAGUUGUUACAAGCUAAUUCAGUUUUUUAAUCUGGGAAAGGUUGUGAUCUAGAGUUUUAUCAUGGCUCUAAAUAUUGGUUGUUUUUAAAGGAACAAAUGUCAUUGCAGCAAGUUCAAUAGAAUGGUAUUACUCACCACUUUGUUUGAUAAAACAUUUGCUUUGAAGUCACUUUAUUAUUAGUCCAAUUUUAAUAAACUUAUGGCAAUAUGUUGCCAGACAGAAACUUGUGUACGUUUAUGUAACUAAGUACUGCAUAAGGUUUGAGCAUCAAUCCUCGACUAUCUGUGAUGUCUAGUAAAAGAAGGAUCUAUGCUAAAUCUUCUGAAAUUGAUAAAAUUCUGCUCUUGUUGACUAUUCUGUUUAUUUCUAAUACACUUGCAUAGCCUUUUAAAAAAACCUUUUUAGAACUUUGGUCACCGAUUACUAAAAAGAAGUUUCACGGCAUGGCAUCUGUUAAUGUCUGGGGUAUGCGUACAUGCUACACUGAAUUGAUAGGUAUGGGAUAAGUUUGGUGUCCUGUGAAAAAACUCAGUCCAAAAUGUAUUUCCACCACGUGCCUUACGUUUCAGAGAGCUACUGUGACCCUAACCACGAUAAAGCGAUUACUGAGUAAUGGAUGUAAUUCCUGGUGAAGUUUUUCCUUUGAUCAGUGCAUUAAAUAAAAAAAGGGUUUAAAAAAAAACCUUAGAUCUGGGCCAGUGAGAAACGUUCAAAUGCUGCUACAACAAAACUGGAACUAUCGUUACGGAGACAAAGUUAGUAUAAACAAAAGCAUAGAAAUCGCAUGUGCUUUAACUAGUAGAUUUUUUGAAGGCUGAACUGUUUUAUAGUUGAGCUAGAUUAUAACACAUUUGAUAAUUGUUUUUCCUGUUUAAUGACUUUUACUGUAUACAGGUGCUUGUUUAUAAUAAAAGGGCUGUCAUUUUAUACAACUUUAAAAAAAUUUCUAUGGCAAAUGUUUUAUUUAAUAAAUAAAUGAA